UCGAGAUAUUUGCUCGAUCCAGACAUCGAGCGUCGGUACCUAUUGUACGCACGAAGCUCAAUCAAUUGAUCAAAUUUGCUCAGCGUUACGUUAAACCUUUUACAUUAACGUAACGUUGACUCUUCGCGAUUUCGAUACACGUGACGUAGGAGGAGAGACGCGUGUUAUGUCACGUCGACGUAUGCAGUGCGUCGUCGGAAGUUCAGGUGCCGCCUCGAGACCUUCCUCUUCGCUUAUUUAGGUCGAGAUGGUCGUCAGCGGAGGAAAAAUGAAAGAGAGGAACAGAUUCCUGGCUCCCGAGGGCUUCAAUGACCAAUUGAAGAGGAAGGUCCGUCGUAUCAUCGCCGAGCACAGCGAGCGGCAGAGUCGCUCAUCCUCGCGACCGAAGGUUACUCCUUCCUCGUCCUCGGGGGCGUCCAAGUCCAGGGAGUUGAUCAACUACAGCAUAGUUGCCUCAACUCGCUGCGAAAACGCGCGGAACGGCCGCAACGGUUACACGGGCUUCUCCAGUUUCUCCGUCUGCGAAACAGCAGCGCUCUGCGAAUCACGUGCCGCCCCAAAAACCACCGGUGGAACAGUCUCUGGACGAAGAAAGUCAUCCCGGGCUAGAAAUCACCAGGACAUCUUCAACCCCCCGAAGAAGAACUCCAAACUCCCUUGCGUCCAGGAACCGUCGAGAAGAAAUCGUCGAGACAACGUCAAAGUGACUCUGGUGCGCCCUAAGGAGUCCAGGGAUCUUCCCUGGGGACCAGCGUCCGUCGAGGAGAGGGACGGGUGUCUUAUCGGGUACCAGAGAAGGCUGCUCGACAAGUUUCCCCCGGGAUACUUCGGGAGUGACGAUAUCAGGGAGCCACCGGGAAGAGCAUCGUCCUCGAGAGGGAAAACGGCGCAGGUAUUGCGGGAGAACGGAACCUCGACGGUUGUGCCAGAGAGCUACAAAAAUCGUGGGGAACUUCGCAGGUCGCCGAGCACAAGUCUGCCGAGUAGUUGGAAGAAGCCAACCCGUGUUGGCGUCAAGAAGUCCGUCUCCUUCAGCUCGGACACGAGCUUUCAGGAGAAGAAGUCCGUCUUCAGUUCAAAGACUCACGCCCACGAGGCCAAGGUCUAUCACAAAGGUGUUCUCCAAGAUCGUGCAUCGCCGAUUUUCGAAAGCCUGCGAGACGCCGUGGCCACGUCGCCGUCGCCGGCGGCCACCACGACGACCACGACGACGACGACGACGAACACCACAGCUGGAACAACGACGACCCUCGGAGGACCGUUGGCCCUUGUCAGGGCGGCCCGUGAGGGCAGCAAUUCCUCCCUCCGGCAGAUGAUGACGAACGCAAGAACGCCGCAAGGCGGCAGGGAGAUAAACAUAAACGCGGUUGAUGCCAGCGGCAGGACUGCCCUGAGCUACAUGGCUGGUGAUGGCGCCGCGGCGAUGCUCGAGGCUGCCCUCAGCUUUCCGGAAGUCGAUGUUAACCUUCCGGACAACGAGGGUAACACACCACUGCAUUUCGCUACUCAGGCCGGCCAAUUAGAAUGCGUGAGCAUACUUCUGCAAAGGUGUCCGGGAAUCGAGGUUGACGCUCGAAAUACUUUGGGAUUCACGCCGUUGAUGAAAGCCGCAAUUCAGGGCAGAACAAAAUGCGCGAAGAUCCUUUUAUUCGCUGGUGCUAAUCCAACCCUGAGAGAUUACGGACGGGGCUUGCGAGCCGAACAAUGGGCCAGAUUCUGCGGUAGAUACGUUUGCGCAGAGGUAAUCGAGCGCUUCGCCAGGCACCGACUCCUGGAGCGAACGACCUCGUGCAGAUGGGGAAGCGAGCCUGAGCUGGCGGCCAGAGUUCUCCAGGGCAAGGUGACCCCGAUGCCCACGAACCUACCCCCACAGCCCUCGACUCUCAAGUCGAAAAUACGGAGGGUUUUCAGGACCAGCUCGGGCCCCGACAACCGCAGCUUUUCCCUCGUCUCACAGCUGACCAGCGCUGCCCUUUGUGCGAGCAGCCCUGCGCUUCCGAGACCUGGCGAAGUCCCACCUGUUGUGAAGAGCCUCAUCCGCCCUUUGAGCGUCCCUCAGCUCAGAAUCACACUGGUGCCCUCGUCCGACGGUGCGCCGCUGGUGGGAUGUCGAGCUGGUGAAAAAAUUCACACAAACUUUACGGAGAAGAUUGUUUCCGAGAAGAUUGAAUCAUCCGUGUCAAAGCCGCCCAGGUCGAAAAAAAAGAGCAAGUGAAUCGCAAGCGUUGCUAUUCUAUCUCGCUGCUUGUGGCGAGCGACUCGACCACACCACCCAGACAUUACCACCCAUGUAUGUAUAAUACGGAGAGACAGCCAACCGGUAUAUGCCUAAUUCACGAUACGUUACACCUAGUAUAGGUUUACACCUUUACGUAUUGUAUUAUAGCUAAUAUUACUCUUAUUAUUAUAGUCCCGUGCCGACUAUGCAAUAUUGCUUAUCAGUACCCGGCGAGCGCGAGCUACGUUGAGAUAACGACUCGUACCUUGGUCCCAUUAUAUGCAUACCUAUAUUUUAUUUAUAGCUGCUCGUUUUCAAAUUGUAACAACGAAUGGGAUACCUUUGGUGCCUUGAAAAAGCCACGGGCAUAGAUACGUUUGUAACGAUCAGUUAUAUGGUAUCAAUCUAUUUAUUUUUCUGUCCUAUCGAUUCACACUUAUCGCAAUGUUGUAUUACGCUAUCUCUAUAUUGAAAAUUUCGCGGUGACCUAAACGCAUCGUUGUAAGAAUUUGGAACAGGAUUACCUGAAAAUUUCCAAAAGGUAUUUUAUAGUUGUAAAAAAUUUGGUAUUCCCCUAGGAAGUGAAUGAAUGAAGAGGAAAUCGGUGAGAAAUGAACCUAAUCGUAACGGAUAAACAUGAGUGCGCGUAGACACGUCAAGUUGAAACACUGUCUUUGAUCUGAAAGACCCUUGAUCUUCAUUAAAUGCGCUCUUCAAAUGUGUAUUCGCAAUAAACUCCUCACAGCUGAAUGUAAAGAGCUAAGUUAUAAAAUAGUUUGCCUAAGCAACAGUUACAGUAUAUACCUCAUCGUUUAUCGUUCUGCGUAACUGAAUAAACAGCAAGUGUGUCGACGUUGAAUCGAAGACGUUCUUCACUUUGAUUGAGAUCGCCGUAAAAUAUCCGUUACAAAGGGUCAGUCACGGUGUAACAGUGACUGCGUGAUCUAAUUGCGUAAAUUUUACACCGUACGUCAGAGUUAAAACCGAGAAACGCAAGGGUAUAAAAAAACGCGUGUGUGGUUGAUGGAAAAAUCGAGAAAACG